AGUAGUGUUACACGCCAUCGUAUUUACUCUGGUAAACCACAUGCCUCCUACUGCUUGGUGAUAGCUAAUCCUGGAAGUGGGUGCUAAUCUCAGUAUCUCGUACACUUCUACUGGUAAACCACCUGAGCAGGUGAGCUGCUGCUGCAGUGCGAUCAUAGCAACCUUGCCGACGGAGCUGGUGUCUUCACCAAUGCGACGGCACGAAGCCACAAUCGGCGGCGACGGCGCUGCGGCGCCAUGGAAGGAGCAGCAGCUUGCUUCACACCGGUGGCCAGAGGCCCAAGAGGGCGCGCCGGCGUUCCCACCGUCGACGAUGAGAAGGCUCGUUUACAGUGCAGCCAAUGCUGCGCUCGUCGUCUUCAUCAUGACCGUGCCGCCAAUGGUUGUCCUGUACGGCGCGCGCUCCAGCUCGCCGGCCGUCUGGAUCAGCUCUGCCAACGUCGGCGGCCGAGGAUCAUCAAGCGACGAGUCCAUCCUGCUCCUACACCGGCCGGCGGCGGCGCACGACAAGCUUCUCGGCGGCCUGUUGGCUGACGGAUUCGACGAGGGGUCAUGCCACAGCAGGUACCAAUCCGCCAUGUACCGUCGAAACAACGCCGGCAAGGAGCCCUCGCCGCACCUCGUGUCCAGGCUGCGGCGGCACGAGGAGCUGCAGCGGCGGUGCGGCCCGGGCACCGCCGCGUACAGCAACGCCGUGGAGAGCCUGAGGUCGGGCAAGAGCGGCGGCAUCGGGUCGCCGCCGCAGACGGAGUGCAGGUACCUGGUGUCCAUAUCCUACCGCGGCCUCGGCAACCGGAUGCUCGCCGCCGCGUCGGCGUUCCUGUACGCGAUGCUCACCGACCGCGUGCUCCUCGUCGACCCCAGCAACGAGAUGGGCGAGCUCUUCUGCGAGCCCUUCCCCGGCACGACGUGGCUGCUGCCGCCGGGCUUCCCGCUGACGAACUUCACCAGCUUCAGCGUCGACACCACCGAGAGCUACGGGAACAUGCUGAAGAACAAGGUGAUCACGACCGACGCCGCCGCCGGUGACGUGCCGACGCCACACCAACAGCUGCCGGCGUUCGCCUACAUCCACCUCGACCACGACUACACCUUCCACGACAAGUUCUUCUUCUGCGACGACGACCAGAGCGUGCUCCGGAACGUCCCGUGGCUUGUGAUGAGGACGGACAGCUACAUCGUGCCGGGGCUGUUCCUCGUCACCGGAUUCCAGGCGGAGCUCGACUCGCUCUUCCCGGAGACGGACGCCGUGUUCCACCACCUCGCACGGUACCUGUUCCACCCGAACAACCACAUCUGGGGUCUCGUCACGCGCUACUACGACGCCUACCUCGCGACGGCGCGGCAGCGAGUCGGCGUCCAGGUGCGCGUCUUCGGCGCGCGGCAGGAGUCGCCCAAGGUCCUGGAACAGAUCACCGCGUGCGCGCACAUGGAGAAUCUGCUCCCGGACGUGAUCACCACCGGAGAACCGGCGGCGACGACGCGCCGCCGCCUGAAGCCCAAAGCCGUGCUCGUCACCUCCCUCACGUCGUGGUACUACGAGAAGCUCAAGGGCAUGUACUGGGAGCGCGCGACGGCCACCGGCGAGGCGGUGGGCGUGCACCAGCCGAGCCACGAGGAGUACCAGCGGUUCGGCUCCGGGUCGCACGACGCCAAGGCGUGCGCCGAGAUAUACCUGCUCAGCCUCUCCGACGCGCUGGUGACCAGCGGGUGGUCGACGUUCGGGUACGUGGCGCAGGGGCUCGCCGGGCUGACGCCGCGGGUGAUGUACAAGCCGGCGAACGAGUCGUCCGCCGUGCCCGACCCGCCGUGCCGCCGGGACGUGUCCAUGGAGCCGUGCUUCCUCACGCCGCCGUACAACAACUGCAGGAUGAAGCGAAGCGCGCACUCCGGGAAGGUUGUGGCGCACGUCAAGAACUGCCACGACGUGCCAUGGGGGCUGAAGCUCGUUCGUCGUGUCGAGUAGAUGCCAACAACAAGAGGAGGUCCAUUUCGCAGUUCAGUUAGUAUAUAGUUAGUAGAUUUACACAAUCUUAGCAGGAUAUUUUGAGUUUUAUGUGUGUACUAUUUCACAAUCAACUGAGAUAUCUUCGUAUCGAAUAGCAGUCUAUUCAUAUGAUAUCUACCUCGUACCAUACACAGAUCCUUCGAAUAAAAAGUGUGUGCAUUAUA